AUGUCACAAGAGGCACUUGAUACACCUUCAAAUCACGAUGAUGAGAAACCAAAUCAUAUGAUCAUCUGGCUCGAUUCAUCUAUCGGUAAUCCAAACGAAUAUCUACAUUUGAAAAAGGCUUUCGCAAGUAAUACUGAUCCACGCCAUGAAACUUGGACUAUGCUUACCGACAAGGAUUAUGACAAUUUGCUUAUUGCAACAGAAGCUCAAGAGCGUAGUAAACGACUGCGACAGGAUAAUGACUUGAAAGGUGCACUUCAACGUUUACAUUGGGCAAAGAAACUCUGUCAUCAGCAUGACAAAAUGGCACAAAAAAUUUCUACAGAUAAUCCUCGACCGGUGCAAGAAAGUCAAACAAUGAAGGAUAUUAAUGCGCUAAUAAACGAAAUCGAACAAAUAUUACCUAAAGACUCUUCUCUACGAAAUAGAAGCAGUAGUGAUAAUGAUGACAAUGAGGAGAACUAUGUACGAUCAAGUGAACCGAGUAGUUGA